AUGGGUAGAUUGGGUAAGCUCUUAGCUGCUGCAACUUGUUUCUGGUCCAAAUCGUCCAAUGCCCUGAUUCUUCAUUGUGGUUUAUUGUCUCCAACUGUCUUAGAUGUUUCUCACUUGACUGGCCUCUCUUCUUUAGGCCGUGAGUUUGUGACUCACUUCAAUAUCACCUUUGCCGUCAACCAAAGGAUGGAAUUCGCCUAUGUGGAUAACGGAAGCCCUAUUUGGGAUCUGACCCAUCCCUAUUUGGGAUCUGACCCACGUCUCUUCCCCCGAAUAUUACCCCCAUCGUUGUCUCCCAAAAACAAUACACACAAGAUCUUCGCUAGGGUUUCCCCCAAACCCAUAACAGUACGUUUCUCAUCAAAAGAGGGAUUGGGCGAGGUCUUAUUUAGAUCUUCAAUUGGGUUUGUUGGCGUGGUCUUUACAAUAUCGGAGAAGAUCAUCAACGCGAGGACGUCGUUGGUGGAUGCUAAGAGGGAUGAUGAAUUUACUGUUGAGGUACACCAUUUAGGGCAUUUUGUUGAGGAUCCACUUCGUUAUGUGGGGGGAUUUGUGAACCAUGUUGACAACUGUGAGCAAGAUAAAUGGUCCAAGUUAGAGGUUGAAGAUAUAGUAGAAAGACUUGGUUACACUAAGUACAAGAUGUUGUGGUACAGAAUUCCUGAGCUUGGGUUAGAGGAGGGACUUAGUGUUGUAGGCACUGACAAAGAUGCAAUGGAUAUGGCAACAUAUGUCAAGGGUCAUGAACAAAUAGAGGUCUAUGUUGAACAUGUUAUUGAACAAGCAGAUGAAUCCAUAAAUAUUGCCCUUGCCUUACCUCUGCCUAAGGUUGGAAUGGAUGAAGGGGCUAAAGGGAAUCCAGAAGUUGAGUUGGAGGAUAUUGGGGGAAGAGACAUGGGCCAGACCCACUACCGAGCAAAGGCAUCUGCACCUUGUUUCCACAAGAAGGUGGCAUUUUACCUAUUUUGGAUCUGUAGAUUUCUUCUGGCGGUUCCUGGACUCGGGGUUACCAAAGAAUAUCUCAAUUUGGCCAUUUGUUUGGCACAAGUGAAAAGAUUGGCUUUAGCCCCUAAUAUUUUUUCGGGUCUCGUGUUCGAUGCAAGCUAG